AUGAACAUAAACUUUUGGUUUUCAUUGGUUUUAAUAAACUUUUCGUUGGCUAAAGGAGUAGAUGAAGGUGAGUAUAAAGGAGUAGAUGAAGGUGAGUAUAAACAUCCUCUUACACUUUACAAUAGAAGCAAAAAGAAUAUAGUAAACAAAGAAGAUACAAAAAUAAAAUACCCACAGUAUUCUAAGUAUCUCGAUAUUAAAACUAUUUAUGAAAAUGCUAACAAGGUGUUUCCUGGAUUGUUUGCGCUGAGCGAAUCAGAAGGUAAAGAUCUCCCUGAUCUUCUUCUUCGUUACAUUCUUCCAAAACUUUCGUGCAAAAAAAAACUUUCAGAAAAAGCAUGGUAUAAAGCUUACGAGCUUAAUCGUAUUUUAAAUGAAACGCAUUGUGGAAAUAUAUACAAACCGCGGUAUCGUAGACAGUCUGUUGCUGACGGUAGUACUACAGUAUUAACAAUAUGCUAUGAUCCACAGAAACAGUUACCAACAGAAAAUAAUGUUGUUUACCUUGCAAAGACAUGUGGUCAAAGAAAUAUACUUCAAACAAGAUUUCCACCAAUCAUAAAUGAGGUUGUUUGUGGAGAUGCUACAUGUUUGAGAGGAGAAGGCGUUGCUACGCAGUUAACUACUACUAUGAGGUUACGAAGAGACGUGAAUAAAGUUGGUAAAGAAAGACUUGGUGAAUGGGAAGAAUAUCAAAGCGAAAUAAAGACUGGAUGUUCAUGCAACCUUAAGCGGGAUAGUGUUCUUUUAAAUCUUGCAGGGUAAAGCUCUAAUGCGUUAAUGAUGUGACAUAAACAAAUCAACUAUUAUAAUUUGACUAUUAAAUAUUAUCAAACAAAUUAACUAUUAUAAAUGUUGUAUGGUGUUUGA